AUCGCUAUGGGAACACUCGUCUGUACGUUGGUCGCUUAUCAUCUCGUACUCGUACCCGAGACCUUGAACGUCUUUUCGACAGAUUCGGAAGGUCUCUGGGACCUGGAGGUGUUUGAUGAAUGGGUGGACUUGGUGGAAUUUCUUGCCAAGUGUAUAGGGGCGGGGGCCGCCUUGGCGAAUCUGUUUGUUGAUUUUGUUUGUGUGUGUGUGUUUUGAUGGAAACGGAGACUCAGUCUCAAAAUGGUGUUUACCAAGUACUUAUGAUGUGAUGGCCUUACUUUUCUGCCAACAAUUUCUUCCGCAGAGUUCGCGAUGUGGAUAUGAAGCGAGAUUAUGCUUUUGUUGAAUUUAGUGAUCCCCGUGAUGCUGAUGACGCGAGACAUUACUUGGAUGGACGCGACAUUGAUGGGAGUCGCAUCACUGUGGAGUUUUCAAGAGGAGCACCUCGUGGUUCUCGGGAUUAUGAUAGCAGAGGCCCACCUCCUGGGUCUGGUCGCUGUUUUAACUGUGGUGUUGACGGUCAUUGGGCUCGAGACUGCACAGCAGGGGACUGGAAGAACAAGUGUUACCGUUGUGGAGAGAGAGGACACAUCGAGAGAAACUGCAAAAACAGCCCCAAGAAGCUUAGGAGGAGUGGAAGCUACUCCAGGUCACCUGUAAGAUCCCGUUCUCCUCCUCGUCGUAGAAGAAGCCCAAGCCGGAGUCUUAGCCGAAGCUACAGUCGAUCAAGAUCCCCGGUGAGAAGAAGAGAGAGGAGUGUGGAAGAGAGAUCACGCAGUCCAAAGCGAAUGGAUGACUCUCUGUCACCAAGAGGCCGAGAUCGUAGUCCGGUUCUUGAUGAUGAAGGCAGCCCAAAGAUCAUUGAUGGGAGCCCGCCACCAUCUCCAAAGCUUCAAAAGGAAGAUGGUUCAGACCGUGAUGGUGGUAGCCCCCAAGACAAUGAGAAUGGCAGAAACUCUGGAGCCGGCGGUGACAGCCCAAGAGAGGACCGUAGCCCUGUUGAUGAUGAUUACGAGCCAAACCGUGCUUCCCCUAGAGGAAGCGAGUCCCCUUAACUCUCUGAUGGCUCAAGGCCUCAGGUUACAGGUGUUAGCAUGUGUACUAUUGGAUCGACCGACUGCUAGAUACUUCCUUUCUCGUUUAAGUGUGUUUGCUUUGGACCCCUUUAAGUUCAUGUUAUCAAGAGUUUUUCUAUUUAAGACAUAUUGUUGGAUGUGUUCUGUUUCAAACAAGUUUUCAAAGGUUGUUGUUA